AAAACAUUUACCAAAAUUAAAACCUUUACCACUAUGCUAAGGUAAACUUAUGUUUCUUCAAAAAAAAAAGGUAAACUUAUGUUUCUUCAAAAAAAAGGUAAACUUGAUGUUAAAAAAAUAUUUUUCUCAAAUUGAUUGAGACUUGAAAAAUCCAACUUUUUGGUAGGUGCACAACUAUGAUAACUUGCUAAGCUCAACAUUCUUCCUCUGUUUCAUCACUUCAUUCCUCUGUCCUUCCCCUGCUUUCUCCUCACUUUAUUAUUGUAUCAACUUUGCCUUUACUUUUCUUUGUUUUGCUCCUCUUUAUAUACAUAUAUACAUACCAUUACUUAGCUUUACUACUGCCCCCAGCCCCCCACUUCCUAUUUUUUCCUACAAUAAUUUCAUCAUAAUAAUCCAUUUUCUACAAAAAUAUUCAUUCUUGAUUCCUUUUUCUCUCUUUUUCCAACAAUAAUUCACCUUUCCCCUGUUUGUGAUACUCCUCAUAAUACUUAACCAGCAAUUAAUUGCCAUAUUUCCAUCUUCCCACAAAUUUUUAUUCUUUUUGUGGAAAACCCUUUUGUGGGUUUCAUUAAUUCCAAAAAAAUAAAAUCCACAAGUAUUGAAAUUUUAAUUUCUAGAACUUCCCACAAUAUUUUGUAAAAAACCCAUUUUUUGUAAGAAAAACCCAAGUGUUUAAAUUCUACUGGGUUAGUGAAAAAAAAGUUUUAAACUUUCCCACAAAAAAAAAAAAAAAAAAUAAAAAAAAAAAAUGAAGAAGAUGGGAGGGUUUGUAUAUAGUGAAGUAAGGUGCAUGGUAGUUAUGAUGGGGUUGAUUUUAAUGGUGAUGGGUGUAAAUGGAAAUAGUAUAGGGGUAAAUUUGGGAACACAAGCAACACAUCCAUUACCAGGAAAUAUAUUGGUUCAAUUGUUAAAAGAUAAUGGAAUUACAAAGGUGAAAUUAUUUGAGCCAGAUCCUUAUGCUUUGAAAGCUUUGGGAAAAUCAGGAAUUGAGGUUAUGAUUGGUAUUCCAAAUGAUUUGUUGGCUCCUUUGUCAAGUGAUAUGAAAGCUGCUGAAAAUUGGGUUGCCAAAAAUUUGUCUUCUUAUGUUUCUUCCAAUGGAGUUAAUGUCAGAUAUGUUGCGGUUGGCAAUGAACCAUUUUUGAAGACACUGAAUGGAACCUAUGAUGCCAUGACACUUCCUGCCCUUCAGAACAUCCAAUCAGCACUAAUAAAAGCUGGCCUAGCCAAUCAAGUGAAAGUCACUAUCCCUCUAAAUGCCGAUGUAUAUGAAACUGCAUCCAAUGUCCCUUCUGGAGGGGACUUUCGUUCUGACAUCAGUGAUCUCAUGUUGAAAAUCAUUAAAUUCUUGAAUGACAAUGCGUGUCCUGUCACCAUAAACAUAUAUCCCUUCAUAAGCCUCUACAAUGACCCCAAUUUCCCUGUAGACUACGCCUUCUUUGAUGGAUUUUCAUCUCCCCUGGAUGACAAUGGAAAGACAUAUACCAAUGUUUUCGAUGCUAACUACGACACACUCGUUUGGUCCCUUCAGAAGAAUGGAUUUUCAAACAUGACAAUCAUAGUAGGAGAGAUUGGGUGGCCUACUGAUGGAGACAAGAAUGCUACCCCUACCAGUGCUCGGAAGUUCAACCAAGGGUUAAUUACUCACCUCUCAGGAGGCAAAGGCACGCCUAUGAGGCCAAGUGGUCCUAUCGAUGUUUACCUGUUUAGCCUCAUUGACGAAGAUAACAAAAGUAUCCUACCAGGAAACUUUGAGAGGCAUUGGGGGAUCUUCAACUAUGACGGGACCCCAAAGUACCAGCUUAACCUUGGAUUGACAAAGACUGGGACUCUGAUUCCAGCAAAAGGGGUUGAAUAUCUGGCAAAAAAAUGGUGUGUUUUGUCUUCCACAGCCAAUAUAAGUGAUCCUCAAGUAGUCUCGAGUGUGAGCUACGCCUGUGGACAUGCUGAUUGUACCAGCCUUGGGUAUGGAACGUCAUGCAGCAAUCUGGAUGCACCAGGGAAUAUAUCUUACGCGUUUAACAUGUAUUAUCAGGAACAAAACCAGCAGGAUAAGGCAUGCCAGUUCCCUGGCGGUAUCUCUGCUGUCACAACAAAAGAUCCGUCUGCUGGGACAUGUCGAUUUAUUGUUCAGAUCAAGAGUGAUCCAAGUGCAGGGGCAAGCAGUAGUGCCGGUUCUGGUUCUGGUUCAAGUUAUGGUUCUGUAAAAGCUGCUGCUAAUCUUCUAUUCUUUAUGUUCAUAAUGGUUAUUACCAUUUUGUAAAUUCUGGGCUGAAAUACUCAAAUUUUCGCUCCCUUUUUUCUGUAUUUUGUUUUUCUUGAUGAUCAGACUGUUUUGUGAAGAAUAGGUUGUACCAUUCUGAAGAUUGAAAUGGUUUAAGAUAAAUACUUCGUGUUAAGAUGAACUACUUGACAAGUUGACAUUCUUCA